AUGGAAAGGGGUCCUUGGAGCAGCUUCCAGGCAGAGAGCAGUGUGAAUGCCCUGUCUAGCCCCACUCCUGUUUUACCAUGUGAGUAUCAUACACACAGCGCGGGUGGCGCUGUGGGUUAAACCACAGAGCCUAGGACUUGCCGAUCAGAAGGUCGACGGUUCAAAUCCCCGUGAUGGGGUGAGCUCCCGUUGCUCAGUCCCUGCUCCUGCCAACCUAGCAGUUCGAAAGCACAUCAAAGUGCAAGUAGAUAAAUAGGUACUGCUCCAGCAGGAAGGUAAACAGUGUUUCCGUGCGCUGCUCUGGUUCACCAGAAGCAUCUUAGUCAUGCUGGCCACAUGACCCGGAAGCUGUAUGCCAGCUGCCUCGGCCAAUAAAGUGAGAUGAGCGCCGCAACCCCAGAGUCGGUCAUGACUGGACCUACUGGUCAGGGGUCUCUUUACCUUUACCUUUAUCAUACACACAAGUCAUGUGCAUAUAGGGCUAAUGAUUGGCAUUAUCAAAGCAACAGGAAGUGAAAUACUGUUUCUUUUUCUUCUUCUUCCUAGCUGAAAUAACAAGCAGGCAUUUAUAGCUCGCUUGGGUACAGGAGCCACAUACCAAGAAGCAGUUCUUCCUGAGAUUUAGCAUCCAGUUCUCUCUGCGCCUGAGACGUGCGCUGGGGAAUUCAGUGCCGACUCUUGCUGAAGAUAACCUAACAACUGCUUUAGAUGUAUUCUUUAAGCAAACUUUAACGGGUGGAUUAACACAACAUGGUCCAGGAAGGUAGAACAAUAGGGCAAGUCCAGGCUUGUCAUAGAAAGAUAAUACACACAAGGGAUUAUUUGCUGGUGUGCAGGGAAUGGUAGCAACUAAUAACAGCGUGUAGUUUGGUCCAUUCAAAAUGGAGGCCGUCUGUUCCGUGCAGACAAGCAGUAACAGAAGCUUAUAUUUUGAUUCAUAGAAUCAUAGAAUCUUAGAGUUGGAAGCGAUCCAAAGGGUCAUCUAGCCCAAACUCCUGCAAUGCAGGAAUCCAUGACAGAUUGCCCUUUUACCUUUGCCUAGACACCUUCCAUGAGAGAGAGUCCACCACCUCCCAAGGGAGUCCCUUUCACUGCUGAACAGCUCUUACUGUAAGAUUACCAGAUUUUUUUUCAAAGAAUCCGGCGACACUUUUUUUUGAAAACAGAAAACAAAAGUUAUUAAAAAAGAUUAUUUUUUAAAUAAAUUAGGAAGUAAUGUCUUCUCUUCUGUGGUCUCCUCUGUCACCCGAGCCUGCUGUCUUUGAGCGCUAGCCGCCAUGGAGUAGGCUUUGGUCAAGCCUGGGCUCGGCCACGUGUCCUUGCCCUCCUGGUGCUCUCCUACCUCUCCUCCUCAACAGUGGCGGCGGCAGCGCAGCAAGGUUGGGGCUCCCCUCUUUUUUCUCCUUCCUCUUCCUCUCUCUUCCUUCUCCUUCUCCUCUCCUCCUUCUCCCUGUGUCGGCUCCAGGGUUGCUCUGGCACGGAGUGCUGCUGAGCAGUCUGCCAGGUGGCCAGGUGCUCUUGCUCCCGGCUCGAUUUGGGUCGGGAAGGUCAGCAGUUCCCCCAGUUGACAUGCCGGGUGUCCCCAGUUCCCCUUCAGCAGUGGCAGUGGCAGUCUCAGCAGCUCAGAGCCAUCCUGGUAGUGCAGUUGGCUCUGGCUGACUUCAAGAGCUGCUCGCUGCCAUGGUGCCCACCUUUCUGCCUCGCCAGAAGUCCCCAUAUGAUGUGUCUUGUGCUGUUGAACCAAUCACGCAACAUUCAUUCCCUGCUAAUAAAUCUACAACACUUAAAAUAUAAAUCCAGGGACAUUAAAUUGUGGGAGUCAUAAAGCCACGGUAAAGGCUUGUAAUAUUGCAGGGUGCCCCCUGACCUCGGCUGACCAGCACUCUGAGCUUUACAAUGUAUUGGAAUGUAAUGUAGUUGUGUUUCCUCUGGGCAGUGAUGACCUUAUACGGUGAAGGGGGCAAUAAAAGCCUUGACCGGAUGAGGUAACGUGAGACACUGGCAAACAGCCAUGCGGCUGGAGAGGGACAAAGGAAUAAAGAAGUUGCAGGAGGAGGAGAGGGAAGUUCGAGAGGAGCUGCUCCUACCAUCAUGAAAAUAUUGCUGGCUCUCUGUGUCAUAAUUUUAUGCUAAACUUCGCCAUUUGUACGGCUGGCUCCGACAAGUGGUGCCCCGUGUGAGGCUGAAUAAAAGAAUACGUCUGAGGACUAAGAGGAUUUUAAAAGAAAACCGUGUGAGGCAACUUAAAGAAAACAGUCUGAGGCAGACUGAGGCUUUUAAAAGGAAACCGUGUGAGGUUUAUCGAUCCUAGCAAAGGAUAUCAUCGGCUCACUACGCCCGGCCAGGGUUUCAAGCGCUAAUCAUCUUAAAAAGAUCCCGGUGAGUUCCGAUCCCUUAUUUAUAUUGAUUUUAGAAAAAUGGGCAGCUCUUUGUCUGCUCCCCAACAGAAAUUUUUAAAAGACUUAAAAUUUCUCCUCUCCUCCAACGAAUUGGAAGUUCCGGAGGGUGAUUUAAUACAGCUCAUUCUGGCUAUCAAAGAGCAUUCCCCCUGGUUUCCUGCAGAUGGGACUUGGGAAUUGAAACAUUGGGACAAGAUCGGGGAACAUUUUCAUGGGCACCCCAGCAUAAGUGUUCGGAUUCUAAAUGCAUGGUGCAAGGUUCGUUACGCCAUGGACUCUUUAUCACCAAAAAAUAUCUCCAUGGCUGCAUUGCCAACACAACCUUCAGCUUCUUUAAUUCAGCCUGCUGUGUUAGAGACUGUUCCAAUACUCGCCUUGCCAGCAGCAGCUCCAGACCCCAAACCUCCGGACUACAGUUCCUCACCUGAGGACUCAAUCCUGCAAAAAUACCGUGGUCUGGCUGGCAAUGAUCCUGCUCUUUCAGUGGCAGAACCAGCUACUCCUUUUCAACGUGCAGUCCUUGGCGGCGUGCUUCCUUAAUUCAGGAUACUAUGGCAUUCCCUGUUAUUGUGCCCCCUGCUGGCGCCCCGGCAGGCACCCAAGCCCAACACCAACCUUUUGACUUUAAGAUUCUGAAAGAGCUGCAACAGUCAGUAAAGGCCAAUGGACUCCAAGCCCCAUAUACGCAGGCGCUUUUAGAAGCCACAUUAGCCCAGCUCUUGGUUCCAGAGGACAUAAAGCUUUUGGCCCAUACAGUGUUACCCCCAUCAGCUGGUGUUUUGUUUGCCCACGAAUGGGAAACUGCCUGCCGUGCUUAUGCUCCAGCCUUGUUACAACAAGUCAGAGGAAAUAAUCCAAAUGUUACCCUCGCAGACGUCUUAGAUGCCAUGUUGGGGCGUGGUCCCUUCGCUCAAGCUUCAGUGCAAGCCACACUGCUGCAAAUCUUAUUGAGGGACACUGCUCUUGCUGCUAAACAAGCAAUGAGAAAAAUCCCAGAACCCACCAGUAUUCAAUCAAGGUGGGGUUCAAUCAGGCAAGAGGCAAGAGAAUCAUAUUCUUCCUUUAUGGAUAGGCUGCUUACAGCAGUGAGUCGCCAAAUUGAAAAUCCUGAAGCCAAACAAAUAAUUAUCAAACAAUUGGCCUUUGAAAAUGCCAAUGAGGAUUGUAAGGUUGCAUUACGACCGAUAAUACACAAUCCUGCCACAGACACAGCAGCCAUGCUUCGCAUUUGUCAGUCUGUUGGAACAGCCAGCCACAAGGCUUAUCUGCUGGCAACAGCGCUAAAUGAAAACCAGCCUGUAGCCACCGAUACAACUUGUUUCCAGUGUGGCAAACCAGGAUCACUGAUACCCCACUGGGGUAGAACAGUGGCCUCUACCAAAAGAAAAAUCCGCAGCAGCGGCACCAGCUAUCUCUGACCAGCUUAUUUCUGAACAAUUGACUUUCGGCCACAUUGAACCAUCUUCAUCCCACUGGCUCCAGCAGACAGGGAACAGUUUGCUUUUACAUUGCCAGUAUAUAACAAUUCGCAGCCCACCCAGCGAUAUCAGUGGGUUGUCCUGCCUCAAGGCAUGCGGAACUCCCCUACACUUUGUCAACAUUUUGUGGGUGAAGCAUUGAAACCUUUCCGCAUGCGCCACCUAGAGGUGCUGCACACGAGCUGCAUCUGGCAGUGUUUGCCUUCCUAACCAUUUGCCUUGCCAUCCUUUGCUGCACCGUUAUACAAGGAAGAGAAGCAGACGACCAGUCCAGUUGAAACCACCAUAUUUCACCUCAUCGGCUGGCAAGCAGCUGUCGCCAGAAUCCUACUCUGGCUGGCAGUAUCCACGGCUCAGCCACUUUUGAACUAGAAGAACAGCGUUGUUGAAUAAGACUUUUAGGGGAGAAAAUUAUCAUAAGAUAUGGAGGGAUAAUAUUUUUGUACAAGAUAUGAUUAUGUUUGCCAGUUUAUUGCAUGCUUCUAAAUGUUGGGUGUGUAUGCCAGUCAUUCAGGCAUAAUGCUUCAUGGUGUGCCUGUCAAUGGAUCUUUUCAAUUUACUAAUAUUAUAUCCCCUAAGCCUCCAGUACAAUUGACCCUCCAUGAGCCUCCCCCCAUUUAUUUUCAAAUUAAGGAGGGGAAAGAAUCAUGGGGCAUAUAUCCAAACUGUCAAUAUACAUUGAAUUUCACUUUUAAUAGCUCUUGUUCUCUUACAGGAAUAUACAGUGACAAAUCUCAGUGCUAUAGGAGUGACACCAGUGCAUGGCUAA